GGAGUCUAGUUAGUUCGUACCGAUAGCACGUUUUGCACUCUACAAACGCAAUUAAUUUAAUUUCCGAACCAUGGCGGACAAAAAGAAUUUACUAUUGCUCUUUGAUCGUCCAAAUGAGCCAGUUUUCAUGGGGAAAGGUAGAAAAACUGUUUUUGAUCUGCCGGAAAAAUUCUUUACCGAUCGAUACAAAAUUAUUGGAAAAGAAGUGCAGAGUCGCUUUGGCGACAGUGCCGAGAAACGAAUUCCUGUUCGAGAAAUUUCCAUACCCGAUCUACGAUUACCUAUGGAAUUGCCGAGACAAAGCCAAUUUUCGCUUUGUAUUCCAGCUCAUCGGCGCAUGGCUGGUCGCUUGGUUGAUAUAUUCAUGGGUAUGCAUACAAUCGACGACUUGCAGAGUGUAGCUGUGUAUGCGCGUGAUCGACUCAAUCCGUAUCUUUUUAAUUAUGCUCUCAGUGUGGCGUUACUUCAUCGUAAGGACACCAAAGUGAUGGAUUUACCUUCAUUCGUUCAAAGUUUUCCCGACAAAUUUGUUGACGGGCAGGUGUUUCGGCAGUUGCGCGAAGAGUCCACUAUUGUACCCGAAGGUUCGCGAAUGCCGAUCACAAUACCACAGGACUACACUGCCUCCGAUCUGGAACCUGAGCACCGUUUGUGGUACUUUCGGGAGGAUUUAGGCGUUAACUUGCACCAUUGGCACUGGCAUUUGGUGUAUCCAUUCGAGGCGAGUGAUCGUAGCAUUGUGGAUAAGGAUCGUCGCGGUGAGCUCUUCUACUACAUGCACCAGCAAAUGAUAGCGCGGUACAAUGUGGAGCGGUUCUGCAACAAUUUGGCUCGAGCCCACCCCUUUAAUAAUUUACGUGAAUAUAUUAAGGAAGGUUACUUCCCUAAAAUGGAUUCAUUAGUAGCUAGUCGCGGGUUGCCUCCACGUUUUGACUACACUCAGAUGUCCGAUGUGAGACGCGAACAAGACCAAAUUAAUUUAGACAUUAGUGACUUGGAACGGUGGAGAGAUCGAAUUUAUGAAGCUAUCUCGCAAGGCUACGCAGUGGAUGAAGGCGGUAACCAUGUACCACUUAAUAUUGACGUGCUGGGUAAUAUAAUUGAGUCGUCGAUAAUAUCACCUAAUCGGGAGCUAUACGGCGAUCUCCACAACAUGGGUCAUGUUUUUAUCGCUUAUGCUCACGACCCCAAUCAUCGACACUUAGAGUCAUUUGGAGUUAUGGGCGAUUUAGCCACGGCAAUGCGCGAUCCAGCCUUCUAUAAGUGGCACGCUCACAUCGAUGAUAUUUUUCAAGACCAUAAGACUCGUUUACAGCCAUACACUCCUUCGCAACUAACAUACGAUGACAUUUAUGUAGAAGGUAUUCAAGUAACCACUGAAGGUGGUAACCCAAAUGUUCUACAAACCUUCUGGCAGCAAUCCGAUGUAGAUCUUUCCCGUGGUAUGGAUUUCACGCCCCGCGGCAAUGUAUUUGCCCGCUUUACCCAUCUACAACAUAUUCCUUUCACAUAUACUAUCAACGUGAGAAAUGACGGCGGUGUCAAACGUUUUGGUAUGGUGCGUAUAUUUCUUGGACCCAAAAAGGAUGAGGCAGGUCUAGAUAUGCUCUUCAAGGAUCAACGCUUAUUGAUGAUCGAACUGGAUAAAUUUGUCGUGGCAUUGAAUCCUGGUGAAAAUACUAUUCGUCGUCGCUCCACUGAGUCAAGUCUUACCAUUCCCUUUGACCGCACGUUCCGCGAUCUGGAUACAGAUCGUCCGGCGACUGCAACUGAUGAGGAAUUGGAAUUCAAUUUUUGCGGUUGCGGUUGGCCAGAGCACAUGCUGAUACCGAAAGGUCUACCCGAGGGUUUUACUUGUGAGCUGUUUGUUAUGGUGUCCAACUACGAUCAGGACAGAGUUGAACAGGAGCUGGUCGGAAGUUGUAGCGCUGCCGCCUCUUAUUGUGGCGUGCGUGAUCGACUUUAUCCUGAUCGCAGGGCCAUGGGAUUUCCAUUCGAUCGUCUGUCUGGUUCGGGAGCUGAUCGCCUCGAAAAUUUCCUUACACCGAAUAUGAGCAUCGUUGAUAUAGUUGUACGCCAUGAAAACCGCACGGUCACUCGCGUCUAAAGAGUUGUUUGACCGAUGAUGGUAAUGAUAUCACCGUCGACGCCGAGAGGCGCUAUCUAAAUAUAUAUACAUACAUUCUUAAAAACUAAAGCUAAUUUUCUUUUCCCGCUCUCUGCUGGAAAAUGUUACGUUACUUGUAGCAAUUAAU